AUGUGGUGGACCAAUGUGAUAUUAGCCUACUUGGUGGCAUUAUCAACAGCUCAUUUGCGCUUUACAAAUCUGAAGUGCGAUAUGAUCGACAGCAAGUUUGGAAAUUUUGAAAUUUGUCGCAUCAAGGCGGUAAAUCGAACACAUAAAUAUAUAGACAUGGACUUAAAAAUAAAUAUACUUCCUAUUAAUAAUAUAAUGCUUAAAAUAGAAUCGAAGCGGUAUGACAAUGGAUACCGCACAUUUUUUAUGUCGAUGACUUUCGAUUUUUGUAAGUAUAUGAAGAAUCCAAACCAGCGAUCGAUGAUUUUUUUGAAAGAACUUCACGCAACUUUUAUCAAUGCCUCAAACUUAAAUCAUACCUGCCCUUACAAUAAUGAUAUUUCGGUAAACAAGUUUUGGACUGGUAACCUGGAAAUGGCGUUCUUGCGAUAUCUUCCUGUACCCAACGGAGAUUAUGCCAUUUUUUCGACAUGGUAUUCUUCGAAUGUUCCUCGUGUAUCGGUCAAAGUCUACUUUCAAAUAAACAACUGA